UUACUGCUCUCAACAACAUUCCUGCAGUUGAUUCAAAAGCAGUAUCACAAAAGACAAAAAGCUGAAACAUUCUUUCUCUUGGCAUUUGUAGGAUGCCUUCAUAGAGUGGGAUCCACCUUUGGAUGCACUGCUUACUGUAUAGAAACAGCACUGCCAUGGACAUUACAGAGAAGAAAAUGUCAUUUCCUUUGAAUGCACUACUGAUUUAUUUACUAUGCUUAACUCUCUCAGGAUUUGAUUGUGAUGCUUCGAAUCGUCAAACCUCAGUAAUAGGGGGAUUUAAUGUAGUUCGACAGAAAAGAGAUCUCAUAGCUCAGGAGGAUUUUGGAGACUUCUUUUCCGAAUCUCAGCAGCACCCCAGCAGAUUUAUGCAGACGUCUGUUCCCCCAGAAGCUCCUUGUUCUGAAGAUUGCCUUAAUGGAGGUGUGUGUACUCAGAAUGGAUCAUGCGACUGCAGUUUUCUACUGGGAGUUGGAAACAGAUGCCAGAUUGUACCCAGUGCUGACAAGGCUAAAGAUGGGAUCUGUAAAACAUGGGGACAGUACCAUUUUGAGACUUUUGAUGGCAGCUACUAUUAUUUCCCUGGACACUGUUCUUACAUUUUUGCUAAAGACUGUAGUACAGUACCUCAGUAUACAAUAUGGGUACAUAACAGCCGAGAAUGCAACGGCUCAGUAUAUGAGUGCAAACGCUCAGUCAGCAUGUUUUUUGAAAAUGAAGAAGAGAUAAAACUUGAAGGCCAUAUGGUUACAAAAGCGGGUGCAAGAUUAAAUUUGCCUCAGACAAUACAAAAUGUAUUUAUUGAAAGACUAGCUGAUUAUAUUCUAGUGAAAACUACAUUUGGAUUUUCCCUUGCUUGGGAUAGAAACUCUGGAAUUUAUAUUAAAUUAACAGAGGAACAUAAAGGAAGGACAUGCGGCCUAUGUGGAAAUUUUAAUGGGAACAGAUCUGAUGAUUUAACAACGCCAUUUGGAAUGCAAACAGAAGAUAUUGCUGUUCUUGGGAAUAGCUGGUCCAUAGUACUUCCACAAGAAGCACCCUGUGCCCAAGUUUCAUAUGAUUUUCCAAGCCCUUGUUCCAGAUUACGGCUUUCAGAUGAUGUUGUGACAAAGUGUCUUGUACUAGCCGGAUUCCCCUUUUUCUCCUGUCAUGAAAGUGUUGAUCCAUUUCCAUACAUUGCUAGUUGUAUCAAUGAUCUCUGCAUAUCUGAUGAUGAUGAAACAUACUGUCGUGCUGUAACAGAGUAUGGCAGGGCAUGCUCUCAUGCUGGCUACCCUUUGAUAGACUGGAAGGAUGACUUUCCUGCUUGCACUGACCAGUGUGAUGAUGACUUGGUGCACAGGGAUUGUAUCAGCUGCUGCCCACCAACGUGUACAUUUGAAAAAGAAUGCCUUGGAAGCAAUCUUCAUUGCCUUGAUGGUUGUUACUGCCAAGAGGGAUUGAUUAUGCAGAAUGGCACAUGCAUCCCAGUGACCAGCUGUCCAUGUAUAUACCAUGGGGUAUCCUACCCUUUAGGAACCGUUCUAGAACAGGAGUGCAGUACAUGCACUUGUACAGGUGGACUCUGGAACUGCACAGACACAAAAUGCUCAGCUGAGUGUUCCAUCACUGGGAAUUCCCAUGUUGCAACAUUUGAUGGUCGUCAUUUCACUUUUCUUGGCAACUGUCAGUAUAUUCUUGUGCAGACUGAUUCAAAGACAUUUACAAUGACAUUACAAAACAUGCAGUGUGAUCAGUACCUUGAUCAAAUAUGCAUUCAGUCAGUUUCGCUCAUUCUUGAAGAAGAUGUAACUAAUCAAAUAACAAUUACAAAAGAAGGCAAAAUCCAUAUUGGUGUUAACGAAGUUCCUCAUCUUCCAUAUGCUGAUGGAAAUUUGGAAAUUCGUGAGCUUUCAUCCUUAUUUAUACAGGUGAAGACUAUAUUUGGUUUACAGAUUCUAUCUCAGAAGGGUGGAGAGCGGCUUUAUAUUCAAGUAACCAGUGACUGGAAAGAAAGAACUAUGGGUCUGUGUGGAACCUUUAAUGGAAACUUAAGAGAUGAUUUUCUAUCUCCUGCUGGCAUGAUUGAAGGAACUCCACAGCUACAUGCAAAUGCAUGGAAGCUCUCUUCUGCCUGCAUUUCACCUGUGAAUGUUCCCAUAGCUGAUCCCUGUGACAUGAAUCAGCAAAACGCUUUGUAUGCAGCCCACUGUGAUGUCAUCAAUCAAGACCUGUUUGUCCCCUGUCAUUCCUAUGUGAGUCCUGUUUUAUACUACCACUGGUGCCACUUUGAUGCCUGUAAGUGUGGACGUUCAUGUGUCUGUACAGUUCUAGCACACUACGCUCACAUUUGUGCCAAACAUGGAAUUGUAAUCAAUUUCCGAUCACACGUUUCCUACUGUGGUGUUGUUUGCCUCCAUGGUACCCAAUAUAACACAUGUUCCACCUCCUGUGGACGUGCAUGCCGCUCUCUUUCUGCGCAAGAGGUUUGCUCUGAUGACUGUAUUGAAGGGUGCAACUGUCCAGAUGGAAAGUAUUUUGAUGAAAUAUUAAAGAUGUGUGUGUGGCCGUCUAAGUGUCAUUGUCAUUUCCUUGGUGGAGUUUAUCAACAAGGAGAGUUUGUAUUUACUCAGUCAGGUCCAUGCCAAUGUACUAAUGGAAGAAUUGUAUGUCCGGAGCCCCGUCCAGUACCAGGAAGGUGCCCAGAAGGACAAAUCUACUAUGAUUGUUUACAUCCUGUUCCUGGACUUCCUGCUGCAGGGUUAAAUUGUCAAACAACUUGUGCAAACCUCGCAAUGAAUUUAACCUGUCCACCACAAAUGCCUUGCCAGCCUGGUUGCAUCUGCCCACCAGGGUGGGCACUUCAUAAUGACAAAUGCUACAUCUUUGAUAGCUGUCCAUGUGUUUGGAAAGGUUUUGAAUACUCACCCAGUGAGAUUGUAUCUACAUCGUGUUAUAACUGUGUUUGUCAACGUGGAGUUUUCAAAUGUAUCAACUACCUUUGCCCUGCAGUGUGUACAGUUUAUGGAGACAGACACUAUCAUACUUUUGAUGGAAUGGAGUUUGAUUAUGCUAGUGAUUGCCAAGUUGUUUUAGUGAAGAGUACUGAUGACACAGAUCUGUCUGUUCAUGCUAAGAACAACCACUGCUAUGAGAAUGACAUUGUUUGCUCCAAAGAUCUUUGGAUUACAGUUGGAGACACUGAAAUGAAUUUUAUGGAUGGGUCAAGUAAACCAAUAGUAACAAGAAUACAUGGAAGAAAGUAUGAACAUCAACUGUGGAAAGCUGGAUUUUAUACAGCAGUGUAUUAUCCUGAGCUGGACAUUGUAAUCCUUUGGGAUAAGAAAACCACAUUGCAUAUUACCGUGGGUCCCAGAUGGAAGGGAAGAGUGACCGGAUUGUGUGGAAAUUUUGACAAUUAUACUUCAAAUGAUAUGACUACAUAUAACAAUAUGGAAGUGAGAAAUGCCCAAGUCUUUGGAGACAGCUGGACUUCAGGAUGGUGCAAAAGUCAAAAUGACUCCAUGAAAUCAUGUGAAGUACAUCACAGCAACUUCCCAUAUGCCAAGAAGCAAUGUGCUCUGCUCUACAGUGAUGUAUUUGCCCCAUGUCGGAAUGUGAUCGAUGUGACAUGGUUUGUUAAGAACUGUCAUUCUGAUACCUGUAAUUGUAAUCUCGGAGGAGACUGUGAGUGCUUAUGCACAAGUAUUGCUGUCUAUGCACACAAAUGCUGUCAACAGGGAGUGAAAAUUCAAUGGAGGUCUCAAAGUGUAUGCCCAUAUGACUGUGAUUACUACAACAGAGGACUUGGUGAAGGACCAUAUGUCCUAGUUAAUUAUGCGCACAGUGAACUGAGAGUAGCAGCUAAUAUUACCAGCAGGACAAUCUUCCCUUUGCCAAGAAUAAGCACAUUCAGCAAUGUUGUUUUUAACUUCAUGAUAACACCGGGCCUCUUUAAGGAUAAAAAUCAGUAUAUGCAUCUUAUCUCCUUUGAAUCUGCUGAAAGGCCUAAUUACUUCCUUUAUGUUCAGACUGAUGGAACUCUCACACUGAAACAGUGGGAGAUGAGGGCCUCAUUUAGGAAAGCUUCUACUUUUUUCCAUCAUCAGAAUCUUUGGAUUCCUGGAUAUAGUGCAUUUGAACUGUACCACAAAAAAGGAUUUUUCAUAAUGGUUACCACAUCUUCAGUAAAGGCAAUGCCAUUUGACUACUCGGAGGAGUUCCGUUGUGCAUGCAGUUUCUCCAUUGAAGGAACUAAAGCAGCUGUGCCAUACAGAAGAAUGUGUGAAUGGAGAUAUGAACCCUGUUCAAGUCCUUGUAUUAAAACAUGCCACGAUCCUGAGGGAGUUAACUGUAAAUUUUUACCUCCGGUUGAAGGCUGUUUUCCUUAUUGUCCCAAAAGCAUGAUUCUGGACGAGGUCACACUUAGAUGUGUUUACCCAGAAGACUGUGUUAAAGUGGCAACAACGCCAUCAGUGGUUUGGACCAGGCCACAAAGUACUACAAUGCAGAGCUCAAGAACUUCUCUAACAACUCAAGGCAUUAGUCCAACUCAAGAAAUAACACACAGACAAACUAGAACAAGAACAACAGCAAUUCCUAUUGUUACACAUGUAACCGAUAGACAUACAUUGUCAUCUGAAACAGGUCAAACUGCAGUGGGAACCACCACAACUGAAGUAUCAGCUUCAAUUGCAACAUUUACAACAGGGAGAACAACACUGACUUUUUCUGCUUCAGCAACACUACUCCAGACAAUGGUAAACUUGUCAUCCGUGUCAGUACUAGUAUCAUCUGCUCCUCAAAGCUCUCUAGAAACCAGAACAGUCAGAGAAACUGUUACUACACCAGUAACCUUCUCAACAACAACAUUCACAAGUGCUCCAACAUCUGUGUUAGCUUUAAGAACCAGGCAACACUUCAUGAGCAUUAAAACAUCUACAACAGCACCUUCAGGACUCAUCCAGUCCACUGCUAAAGUACCUAGAGUGAUACCUGAAGCCACACUUCCUUCACUGUUUCCUACUAGUUUACAGUCAGUGCUUAACACAUCUGUUUCUGUUGAAUUACCUGCUUCUUUUCAAACAAAUGAUUCCUUCCACACAGCAUCAUUUUUAACCUCAUCCCAUCAAACAGCUAUGUUAGAAACCACAAGUGUUCAAACAGCUACACAUGAGAUAUCUGCAAGAAGUAUAUCACUGAAAGUGAGGCCUACCUCUCAGACUGCUCCACUGCCUGUAACAACGCUGCAGUCUUCUGCAAAUGCUACUGCACUGCAGACAAAAGCAACACUACAUGAAAUUACUACUGUGAUACCAUCUGUUGAAAGUACUGCUUCUGUUUUGAGUCCACUUACACUCUCACAUUUUUUGAUGACAUCACAAGUAACUACAACAAGCUCAGUGUUCAAGAGUUCUUCAUAUCCUUUUACAAAAUCUUCAGCAUAUGUUUCGACUACUUCAGUCACACUUCCAUCAGGCAUAACAGAUCUACAAACCACAAGUAGUUUUUUAGGUCCCUCUAAAAUAUUUACUUCCUCAACUAUAAAUCAGACUCAAGUAACAUAUUCACAGACCACAAACACAACUAUAGCUACGCCUGCAUUCAGUGUAACUUCAUCUGCAUACAAAACAUCAGCUACUUCUUCAAUAGUACUAUCAAGUAAACCACCCUCAGUUCCUACUAGUGCAUAUACUACACAACUCAAAGUGGAAUCUACAAGAGAAAGUGAAAUAACUUCUCAAGUACCUGUGCAUUCUUUAAAAUCCUUAAAUGAGACCUUUUCAACACAGUCCUCAGUCACUUUAUAUACUGCUUCAGUCAGUGCAAGUUCCUAUCUUCCAUAUAAAGAAACUACGUACUGGUCAGCAACAGCUCUCCCAACACGUACAGUAACUCCAUCUGUAUUGCAUACACCAUUAGAAUCUCAGACAACAUUAGCUGCAACUUCUUCCGCAUAUGUUCCAACAUUGCAAACAUUUAUAUCGUCAGCCGCAGUUGGUACUUCAGAGACUCCUACAGUGACCAUGAAAUCUACCCAGUAUCAAAUACACUCACAGUACACACUUUCAACAUCAUUAAUACAAACCAAGGACACAUUUGAAACACUUUCUGUGACAAUGCUAAGUCCAAGCAUGACAGUGUUUUCAAAGUCUCUUAAGUUAGAAACAGCAGGUUCUUCAACAUUGGCAGAGACAUCAGUAUUUCCAGUCCCAAAAACAUCAUACACGUCUAUUAUAACUUCUAGAGUCAGUCCUUCAGUAACUGCUAUAGACAUGUAUUCCUUACAUACCUCACAGUCAUUUAAAACAUUUGCAGAAACUGAAACAACUGCAAGUUUUCUGCAAGCAAGUACUCAAACAUAUAAAGUAACUUCAGAAAUUACUGCUUCUACUUAUGCUUCAAAAUCUCAGACCUCACCUGUACAGUUUCUUUCUGAGAUACCUAAACCGACUUUCACAACUGCAAGCUCUUUUGCUACAUUGUCCUCAGUGCUUGCAAAUGUAUCGACUACAGCCAGAUAUACUACACCUUUAGAAGAACAUUCCACAAGCAUCUUAUCAAGAACACCUGAAAGUAACACUACUGUCUUUAUUCAUCAUCCAUCCUCACUUUUCCAAAUAACAACUCAGAAACAAGUUAAAUCUAGUCUUUUACCAAAAACUAUUAAAGUCACUGAAGCAACAGCAGAAUUUGGGUUUACAUCUGCACUUUCUGUAACAUCACUACAAUCUAUGUCCAAAAAAAGUACUGAAAUGAUUUUUACAAGUGAAACAUCUUCAACAAUUCAUCCAGUAUCUGUUUUGCAAACAUCAACAGCACUAUUUCCGUAUUCAUCAGCUUUUCCAACUCUUCCAGUAUCUAGAGGAAUUGUGCUGUCUGCAUCUGUAAAUGCUACAAAACCACCAGAGGUUACAGCUACAACUGCCCAAACAACUGUUGCUAGCAGACCUUUUACUUCGACUGAGUCACAGACAUCUCAGGAAACCACAAAACUAGAACUGGUCUCUGUAUUAAGUACAUCUGCUUUUUCUACCUUGUCGGUGACAUCAUCAGUUCCGCAAACUGCAGAGACACAAGUGUCACCAACAUUUGUUCCAGAAAUGACUACUGGGGGUAUGCCAAGUGAGCUGUACCAUUACUCAUUUAGUACAGAGAUGCCUACACCAGCAGUGUCACCUGUCUCACCAUGUGUGCCAAGCUAUAUGGAUCGUGUAGAUGAAUGCAGUCAGUAUAUAUGUAUUAAUAUGCAAUGGAAAUUCUACAAUGCUUCCAAGAACUGCCCAAAUAAUGUAACACAGCCGGACUGUGGCUUUCGAGGAAUGCCAAUUCAGAAAAACAAAGAUGAAUGUUGUCCAGAGUGGGAAUGCCCAUGUCUUUGCACUUUGCUGUCAGACCUGAGCAUCAUAACAUUUGAUGGGAAUAAUGCAGCUCUCUAUAAUGUUGCUUCUUAUGUCUUAGUCAGCAUUCCUGGAGAAACAAUUGUUGUUCAUAUUGAAAAAUGUUCCACGCAUGAGAGCCCAAACUCCAUCAGACGACAGGUCCUUUCAGGAGGCAUUGCAGGACUGUGUUUUAACAUAUUAAAUAUCACAACAGGACCUUACAAAAUCCUCAUUAAUCAUCAAGAAAGAAAAGUUAAAAUAAAUGCUCUUCCUGCAACCUUGCCAUUUACAAAGAAAGGACUUUUAAUAGAAGACACAGGAACAAUGUAUACUAUUAUUACCCCAGCUGGGGUUAUUAUUCACUGGACUCACAGAACAAGCAUUCUUGAUGUACAGUAUGGGCUCCCUUCUAUAAGAUCAAAUGAAACCAAAGGACUCUGUGGCUGCUGCAAUGGGAAUCCUGCUGAUGAUCUAAAAAUGUCCAGUGGAAUGAUUGUCACAAGUGUAGAAUACACUGAAGAGUUUGUUCAAAGCUGGGAGGUGGAAACAUCUGGAAACCUGAGUGAAUACAGAAGAAAAACUCCAGAAAACUGCACCAAUGGCCUUUGUGAUGAAUGCCUGGAGUUGCUUAAUAACAGCCUUUUUGCACCAUGUCACAGCAAGGUUCCUAUAAAAAAAUUCUGUGAAGAGCUAUGGAUCACAGAUGCACACUUUCGACUUCACACAUGUGAUACCCUGACUGCAUAUGUGGGCAUUUGCAAUAAGCACAAUAUCUGUAUUAACUGGAGAACACUAAGAAAUUGUCCACUAAAAUGUCCUGCAGGACAAGAAUAUCAGCCUUGUGUUUCAACCUGCACAACGAAGACCUGCUUAAACAAAGAUUACUAUGUGGCUUCAUCAUGUUCAUAUUUAAGGGAGGAGUGUGUAUGUGGAAAUGGCACAGUUUUACAUCGCACAUAUGCUAACAUCUGUGUUGAAGAGAAGCAAUGUGCCUGCACUGAUCAUGAAGGAAAUCCACAUUCUGUAGGAGAAAUUUGGAAUGGGUCUGAUAAGGGAUGCUGCAUGUAUCAGUGUUUGGAGAAUGGAACAGUUUCUCCUGUAGAACCCAACUGCAGUCAUGUAAUUGAACCUGCCUGUGACCGUUUAGGAGAAUUUGCCCUAAGUAUCCUUCUGGAUGAUGUCUGUUGUCCAAGAAAAAUAUGUGAGUGUAAUGUAUCUGCAUGCAACAAUGAAUUUCCAAUAUGUGAACCUGGUAAAAAGAUGGUGAUGGAGCACACCCCACAUUCCUGCUGCCCCACAUAUAAAUGUGUCUGUGACCUUGAGGCCUGUCCCACUGCUCCUCUUCCAGAGUGCAAAGAGGACCAGUUCACAGUGGAAGUCAGGAAGGAAGAGAGUUGCUGCUUUUCUUAUUUAUGUGUCUGUGAAUCCUGUAUCGAUCCAAUUCCACUGUGCAGUGAGGGAGAAAUUAUUUCAGUUGAUCCAAACACUACACAUCGUUGCUGUCCUCAGUACUACUGUGCUUGUGAUGAGAUCACAUGCCCCACACCUGAACUGAACUGUACAGCUGAGACAAAGCUUGUAAAGAAAAAUGUAGCAGGCCAAUGCUGCCCAAAAUGGCACUGUGAGUGCAACUGUGAGAACAUUGUUUCCUCAUGUGGAUUGGGAGAGAAAACCAUACAGGAUCCUGACUACAAAACUGUCUGCAACUGUACAAAGUACAUCUGUAAAAAGGAUGAUGUCUGCAUUUUCCAAGACUCUACAUUAAUAAAUCCUGGGGAGUCAUUAAUUCAGCACUUGGAGAAUGGCCAAUGUAACUUUAUUCAAUGUUUCGAAGCGUAUGAUCCUAACUCUGGCUUUCAUGUGGUGCAAGUAUCAAUUGUCAACUGUACUGAAAGAUGUGAACCUCAUCAGGUCUAUAUUCCUUCAUCCAGUCCUUUCUCUUGCUGUGGAAAAUGUAGAAAUUUAUCAUGCACUUUUGAAAAUGAUAAUGGAUCUGUUGUUUUGUAUAAGACAGGGGCGACAUGGACCUCCAACUGUACUAUUUAUGAAUGUACACAGACUAUGGUAGGGGCUGUGACACUGACUUCUAAUGUGGUGUGCCCACCAUUCAAUGAAAAUGAAUGUGUAGAGAAUGGUGGUACUGUGGAAAUUUAUGAUGGCUGCUGCAAGACUUGUUCUGGACUGGGCAUAUUACCCUUUACCAUUAGUCCAGUAUUCCCAACAGAUAGUUAUGAUUGUGAAAAAGGUAGUGGAUUUGGAAGGCUUUGCCAAAAAGUGACUGUAAGAUUAAUCAUAAGGAGAAAUGACUGCAAAAGUCUAAGUCAGGUUAAUAUUGCUUCUUGUGAUGGAAAAUGUCCAUCUGCCACUAUAUUUAACUUUAAUGUCAACAGCCAUUUACAGUUCUGCAAAUGCUGUCGAGAGAAUGGUUUACAGAAUGUAACAGUGCCACUCUACUGUGCAGGAAAUAAAACUUUUGUUGAAUACAACAUCCAAGAACCAACUGAUUGUUCCUGUCAGUGGAACUGAAAAAGAAAUACCACCAUGUAAGUCUUCUGGUGGUGUGUUUAGCUACUGUUUCCACCCUUGUAAUACUUCAGUGACUUAUAAUGAUCAAUGAUUUGAGACAAAUAAAUUGUUAUAACCAGCAAGUAUCACAUACAGAUACACUUACAAAAGAAGAUUAAACUUUCACACAAUUUUUGGGAAUAUUUUGUAAUAGUAUGCUGUGCUGAAAAUACUUGAAUAUACUUGUUCCAGUAACAGAUUAAUAAGGCUUUCAUUAAAAACAAUACUGGAAACAAAGUUCCUUACACAAAGUCAGGUGAAAUGAGUUUGUGCAUUUGCAUAUUUAAUUCACUAGCAUGAUUACACCUUAUUUUGUUUGUGAGCCAAUAUAACUAGCUGUUUUAAAUAAGUUAAAUAACAAAACAAUUCCACUUCAGAUGCAUUUCCUUGUUACAUUUUAUAUUCUGUGAGGUGUGUGAAGAUUUUAGUAUAAUUUGAUCAUUAGAAACACAAAUUCUGCCUCACCUGUAGGCUGUUCUUCAAACACAGAGUGUAAAAUGGCUCCUUAAUAAAAUAUUAUUUCCAUAAUUUUCAUAUUUCCAUAGAAACCAUAUUGUGCACUUAACAGAGGAGAUUGACUAAUCCUGCUGCCAGUAAUAGCGACACCAGCCAGUUUGUUAAUGGAGUAAAAUCUACCACUGUACAUAGAUCUGUGUUUAAUAACAGACCAAAAAGAAUGCAUUUGUAAAGUAAUUUGCUUAUUACAAUAAAAUGUAUAUUUUCAAACUGAAA